UUAAUAAAGAACAUGCUGUGAGGACCCUUCUAGUCCUAGUGCUGAGUGAGAGCCUGCCUGAUGCUACAUAUUAGUUCAAGAAGAGAUCCCAGAAUAGGAACAGGCAUCAAGUAGCAGCUCUGUCACACACCACUCAAUGAUGGGUCACAGAUCCAGUGAGUACUGAGAAGAGGAUUUGAGUCACAGUAGGACUAAGAUAGGGUUGGGUAUGUGGUAGCAAGGUUAGUCUAAGACAUGGACUGAUUAAUUAAUUGGGACUAUGUAGUGAUUAAGGAACAAGUAGAGAAGCAAGCAGCAACUGCAUAGUUCUUAUCCACUGAGAGGGGAGACUAGUAGGCAGUAUGGUAUGGUGAAAGAAUAGUAUUUUGACUCAGAAGGCAUGAGUUCAAAUCCUAAUUUCUAUCAUAUUCUACUCAUGUGAUGCUGCAGAAGGCACUUACUCCUUUGGAUUUCUGCAUCUAUAAAAAUGAGGUGAAUGGAUUAGAUGACUUCCAAGGUCCCUCACAACUUUUUAGUCUAUGAUAGGAAAGGUAUUAGAUUUACAUAAAUUUUAUAAAAAACAGAAUGUUUAACUUUGAACCUUUAUCCUACAAAGACCUAUGUUGUCCCAUUUUUUUAGACCAGAAAUUUUUCCAUGACAUUUCACUCAAUGAGUCAUAAAUGAUCAAUAUAUGUCACUGGAUCCACUACACUUUCACUAUUAGUUACUCUGUUUGCCUAUGUUCACUUCUCAGAUGUUUGUAAUAUAGAAAUGAAAAUUAAUGUUAAAUGAAGGUGGUAUAAUUUCUGAGUGAGCACAUAAUGACUGACCAUGCAGAGUAAAAAUAUAAUUAAUACAAGUAAAACCCAGAAUUUUUUUUCCUUUCAUAACGAAGUGUAAUUCUAUUCUCUCAGAUUAUAUUUAUACAAUAUAUAUGUAUCCCUUUGUCACAAAAAUGAGCAUUUUACUAAGAUGAAACUAAAUGGAUGAGAAAUUUGGUAACAUUUCCUAAUAGCAAAUAUCCAAAAACUGUUCUUUUAAGUACCGGGACAUCUAUAUAUUCCAAGUAUAACUUUUCUUAUGAUUAUAUUAUUUUCUCAUGGUUAUAUUAUUUUUACAUAUCAUUUAUUCAAAGAGAUGGUUCAUUAGUGAUUAGAAGUAUGAACAUGAUUCACAAUGCAUUACUUGCUAAACUGGGUAUUGCCAAUGAGAACCUUAAGAAACUAUGCUUCUAGUCAAUCUUUUGCUAAAGAAGCCCUGGCCUCUCCUUUUUUUUUUUUUUUUUUUUUAAAUCAUUAAGUCCAAAGGUUAAAACAAAGUGAAAUACUGUUACAACACAUAACUUCUUUUAAUGGAGGAAAAGGAAUAAUACAAGAUCUCAAUGUAUCUUAUUUCUCAAGAAAAAAUAAAGGCUCUAAAGAUGAAAAUCACAGGCAUCUUAAUUUUGCUUUGGGACCUCUCACUAUUAGCAACAAGUCUAAGCUGUGCUUUUAAAACAGAUGACAGUCAUAACUUCACUGCAAAGAACCAUACUUCAGUUCCACAAAAUAUAAAUAAAAACAUUACUAUACUUGAUCUCAGUUAUAACCAAAUCACUCUAAACAGCACAGACAUAAAUAUUCUUCAGACAUAUGUUUUACUAAAUGAACUCAAUCUGAACAACAACAAAAUUGUUUUCCUACGUAAUAACAGUUUUGAUAAUCUUUCCAACCUGGAAAUUUUAAGUAUUAGCAGCAAUUCUAUUGAUACAAUUGAACAGAAUGCUUUUUUAGGAUUAGAUAAACUAAAACAAUUGUGUCUUUGUCAAAACAAAAUCUCUCAGCUGAAUCCUUAUACACUGAUACCUCUAAAAAGUCUGAUGGCUUUGAACCUGCAAGACAAUAUGAUAAGUUAUUUUAAUGUUCCAAAACAAUUUCAACUGGAAAAAAUAAUUUUAGAUGGAAAUCCAUGGAACUGCUCUUGUAGUCUACGUAAUUUACAGGAUUGGUUGAAUACUUCAAAGGUAAUGCUAGAAAAUGAAAACAUCACAAUGUGUAGCUCUCCAGAUGCCCUGAAAAACUACAGCAUCAAAGUAGCACUUUACAAGAAUGGAUGUCAUUCAAAAUCACUCUUGCCUAUAAUUCAACUUUCUAAUAUUCAUUUCAAGUCUUCUGGCAAUCCAACAUUUUUUCAAAAUUUAAAUGACACUAUGAACAACAUAACCAAAAAUGCAGAAUCUGAGUCUCUUGGUAAAAGCUGGGCUUUUCUUCUUGGUGUUGUAAUUGUGGUCCUGGUAACUUCACUGCUGAUUUUUAUUGCCAUCAGAUGCCCAACAUGGUAUAACUUUUUGUUUAGCUACAAUCAUCAUCACUUGGAUGAGCAAGAGGAUGAUAUAUAUGAAGAUUUUACUAUUUACACCAAUUCUCUUCCAAAAACACCAGAUACAAACCCAGAAGAAAAUAUAGUGAUAUUUGAUCAAUUAAGUUCAUUUGUGGUAGAUGAAGAUGGUUUUAUUGAAGACAAAUAUAUAGAUACUCAAGAAAUGCAUGAUGAAAAUUAAUUGUGUUUAAAAUUUGAUAUUUUGUCAAUGGACUGACAUUUUUAAUUUAAUAAGGCAUAAAUUUUGUUGUGCAUCAAAUAUCAAAUCACAAUUGUUACUACACACACACACACACACACACACAC